UUUAGAUAGGGACGUAGGUCGUGGUACACGUAUGUAAAAAUUUUUCUAUCACAAUGCAUACAAAGUGUGAUGAAGGUGUUUUAAGGCAAAGAGUUAGAGCUGGGAGUUGUGUCAAGCGGCAAAAGACAGUGGAGGAAUUGUUGCUAUUCGAGCCUUCAAGUGAUGAAGGCUCCGAUUGUAGUAGUGUCCAUGAAACUUCUACAAAAGUGGAUGUGAACAAGGAAAUUACUCCACCAUUAGUCCAGCGAAUUUGCUGGAAUAAUGUAAGAACAGCCUCUCAACUUAAAAUCAACGCUGAAGCAACCAAAGUUUUCUUAAAGAUCGUUGAACAUUACUGGCCCAGACUUUGCGACAGCAAAACCAAAAAUUCAGGUCUGUGGCAAGAGAUUGCCAUAAAGAUGCUUGAGAACGGGUUCCAGAUAAAAGCACCUGAUCCUGGAAAGUCUGCGCAACAGAAGUGGAAUAACUUAAACAAAGAGUACAAAAAAUUUGUGCUCGCAGCAAAAGGAACUGGAGGGGGAGAAGAUGUUCUUGAUUGCAAGCCCCCAUUCUUUGAUGAAAUUGAAAAAAUUCUUGGAAAGGGUAAUGCAGCAUAUCCCGAAUAUAUUGGUGAUUCUUCAAUGGGAAAACAAAAUCCUACUCGAUUGAGCAAGGUUACAGAAAAUCAAACAAAUAUAGAUGAUGGGACAAAGAAAAGGACAUCUACCACUGAACAUGUAAUUUUUAGUGAUGGUCCAAGUGGAAGUGAGACACCAAACCCUUCUAAUGAUAAUUAUUACAUCAGACAACUUCGCUUCUCUGACGAUGAUGAUGAUGGCUAUGCUUUCAGUUCACAACCAAAGAAGCGAAAAAAAACAAGCAAAGCCACAAAUGUGGCAAAGGCUAUUGACAUUUUAAUUGCCAACAAAGCGGAACGCGCUGCCGAACGGGAAGAAAGAAGAAAAAGACAUGAAGAGUCAGAGGCUGCAAAGCAAAAGCGUCAUGAGGAUAUGCUGAUGUUGAAUUUGCUCAACCAUGGUCUGGACCACGGUUGAUCUUUAGUUCAACUUCAUGUCAUACAUCUCCUCGCCCCUUUUUGUGCACAUGACAGUCAUUAUAUAAAUAAAUGAGGCAACGGUGUUCCAUUA